AUGUUAUGUUUAAAUAUAUUUCUCCAAAGUAAAAAGCUAUAUCCGUUCUUCUCGUCUCUUCAAUUACUAAACCCAUUAACAAGGAAGUCCAGCAAUUACAAACGCUCACAGCUUAGUGUGCCACAUACGGAUCGUUUGAUAACCAUAAAAAAAGAAUUAUUUGAGAAAAGAACCGAGUUAAGUGAAAAUGAGUGGCAAGAUUUGCGAAAUAAUUUGAUUUCUGAUUACAAACACAUUAGUAAUAGUAAUGUUGAUGCUAUAAUACUUGGUUUAUGUGGCAGCGUGGAGCAACUUCCUCUGGCUAAGAAUUAUGUGCAUUAUUUGCGCGAAUGUGGGUUCGAACCUAACUUAGCAUCAAUUGGACGUCUAUUGCGUAUUUACAACACAAGUUACCAUAAAAAAGGUGGACACGAUGCUUCACUUACGCCAGAAGAGCAACAGGAUAUUUUAGACUUAUAUGCUAAAUUACGUGAACGUCAUGAAAUUCUAGACGCCACGACAUGUGAGAACUUAAUAUAUGGUUUGGUAUGUACAAAAGAAUGGCGCACGGGUAUAGAAUUGCUAACUAUGACAAAACUCACCAGUACACCAAGUAUCGGCGCUUAUACAGAACUCACAGUAAAAGCUUUUACUGAAGGUGAAAUAAACAUUGGUUGGAACUUGCUCGAUGAAACCGUGGCACAGGGCAAAGAACCUAAAUGCGAAACUUAUAAAGCAUAUUUACGGUACAUAGCGCGCCAACCACUUACUCUACAGUGCAAUCUGGAAACAUUAUUUGCAUAUUGGGAAAAAUAUGAAUUGAUUAUAACAGCAAAUGUAGCAGAAUUUAUAACCGAAAUACUAAAUAAUAAUUUACAUAAUGUCCAGUCAUCUCUAACAGACGCACAAGGCAAAUGUGUACAAUGCAAAUUACAGAUGCGGACUAUUACUAUAAGUGACGCAGAGUUUGCUAAAUUGAGUAAUUCCUUUUUGAAUAAGGUACUCAUACGUAACGAUGUAUUCCAGAAAUCAACGCCGGAGGAGGUGGAACAAUUCAAGCGUUAUGUAAAUAAAACAGCUCCAUAUGAUUGCGUUAUUGACGGUCUUAAUGUGGCCUACUCUAUGGGCGCUAAAAAAUCGCCUAAAAUGCUGGCUUCAUUGCUUGCAAAUGUAGUGAAGCAUUUUAAAACACAAGGCAAACACGUACUUGUUCUUGGACGCAAGCAUAUGAAUAGCUGGCCGAAAGAUUCCAUGUUUUAUAUACGGAAAAAUGCUAGUAUGUUCUUGACAAAUAAUCUUUCGCAAGAUGAUCCUUUUCUGCUGUAUGCCACAUUGAAAAGUGGUCAAUCAACUGACUUCUUCUCACGUGAUUUGAUGCGUUCACAUGCAUUUUUGUUGGGAAACGAGUUGCGUGCCAUAUUUCGGCACUGGCAACAAAUACAUCAGUACUCGUUAAUUACGCAAACGGACAAUGGAAGGAUAAUUGUAAAGGAACCAACACGUCACCUGCUUUGCACACACAAAAUACAGGAUACUUGGCAUGUGCCAUAUAAACAAAGCUACACCCCAAAUCCUGCCGAAUUAUUUGAAGUACCUGAAAGUUGGCUGUGCAUAAAAUUUAAAUGAAUUGUCGAUUUUUUUUAAACAUAUUUUGACUAUUGGUAAAGUUUGUGUAAAUAUAAACUGUGUUAAAAAA